CAUUUUUCUCCUUUCUUAAAAAAAAAAAAAACUCUAAAUUCACAAAUUCACCGAGUUUUCUAGCUCAUCACAAACAAUAAACGACUUGAAAAAAUUCGAAGGAAAGCAAAAAAAUGGUGGAUCACCUGCCCCAAACCGUGUGCUGUAUGUGCGGAGACGUCGGCUUUCCAGACAAGCUCUUCCGCUGCUCCAACUGCCGCACCCGCUUUCAGCACUUGUAUUGCAGCAAUUCUUACAGCGAACGAUCGGAGCCGAUCGGAAUCUGCGACUGGUGCCAAUGUGAGGGGAAAAGCUCAUCGUCGUCCGGCAAAAACAGCAGCAGCAAAUCAGGGCAUGCAAACGCCGGCGGGAAUAUCAGGCAGCAGCAGCGGCGGGAGGAGGGCGGCUCGUCGGCGGAGAAGGCCGCCGGGAAGCUGCCGUCGCCGCGGCCGAACCCUCGCAGGUACAAGCUUCUGAAAGACGUAAUGUGCUGAUUUUUUAUCGGGAAAAGAGAAAAGGAUGACCGAAAAAUGAAUUAGAAGGAAAGGAGUAAAAAUUAAAAUAUAUAUAUAUAUAUAUGUCCCGUUUCCUGAAUUUUCUGUAUAAAUGUAUUAUAUUAUAUAAGUAGUAAAGUUGUAUUUGUAAUUUUGUAGAGUUAGUUGAAAGUUGCUUUCAAGUGUGUGUUUAAUAGUGGCCAAGCCCCCACU